UGGGAGCCUCCGGGAAAGAAGAUGCUUGGUCCAGCAGCCUCCGCCAGCCCUGCCGCCGCUGCCACCCGUGCCCGCCGAGCCCCACGUCCCCACUAGCGGCUGCCUCCGCCUCCCAGCUCCGGCCCCCCGCCCCGAGCAGGGUCUGGGGGGCUCGGCCCUCCUCCCGGGGCAGCCAAGAAGGGAGCCCCAUCCCUCCAGUGGCGCGGCCAGUCCCCGGGCUCCCUGAUUUCGAGAGAGACCCCACCCCUGAGUUCCCUCCGGACCCCAUCGGAGACCCCCUGGGCCCUCCCAUACGGCUCACAUCCGUUCUCUUGUCUCUGUCAGCCCCCCAGAACCAGCUCCCUCCCGCCUUCCCUCUCCGGGGCUCCCCCUCCCCCAUCCCUCCGCCGCCGCCCCCUCCUCCUCCCACAUCCCCUUCCCUCCCCCUCCCCUCUCCCCUCUGCCCCCCCCCCCCACCAUGAGGAUGAUGGCCGCCGGCGCGGUGCACGGCCUCUUCACGGCCUCCGCGGCCCCGCAGCCGCCGCCGCCCCCGCCGCCGCCGCCGCAACCCCAGCCUCCCCAGCAGCCGUCGCCGCCGCCACAGCAGCCGCCGCCGCCGCCGCCGCAGCCGCAGCAGCAGCAGCCGCCGCCCCAGGCCCCCCCCAUGGAGCCCGAGGCCCCGGAUUCCCGCAAGAGGCCCCUCGAAACGCCCCCCGAGGUGGUCUGCACCAAGCGCAGCAACACGGGAGAGGAGGGUGAAUACUUCCUGAAGGUGCUGAUCCCUAGCUACGCAGCGGGCUCCAUCAUUGGCAAGGGCGGGCAAACCAUCGUGCAGCUACAGAAGGAGACAGGAGCCACCAUCAAGCUCUCCAAGUCCAAAGACUUCUAUCCGGGAACCACAGAGCGAGUGUGCCUGGUGCAGGGCACCGCAGAGGCCUUGAACGCCGUGCACAGCUUUAUUGCCGAGAAGGUCCGAGAAAUCCCACAGGCGAUGACCAAGCCUGAGGUGGUCAACAUCCUUCAACCCCAAACCACCAUGAACCCCGACAGAGCCAAGCAGGCCAAGCUGAUCGUCCCCAACAGCACGGCGGGCCUGAUCAUCGGCAAGGGAGGCGCCACGGUGAAAGCCGUGAUGGAACAGUCGGGGGCCUGGGUGCAGCUGUCCCAGAAGCCAGAGGGCAUCAACCUGCAGGAGCGCGUGGUGACGGUCAGCGGCGAGCCCGAGCAGGUGCACAAGGCCGUGAGCGCCAUCGUGCAGAAGGUACAGGAAGACCCCCAGAGCAGCAGCUGCCUCAACAUCAGCUACGCCAACGUGGCGGGCCCCGUGGCCAACUCCAACCCCACCGGCUCACCGUACGCCAGCCCCGCCGAUGUGCUGCCCGCGGCGGCCGCCGCCUCGGCCGCUGCUGCCUCCGGCCUGCUGGGCCCCGCGGGGCUGGCCAGCGUGGGCGCCUUUCCCGCCGCCCUGCCUGCCUUCUCGGGCACCGACCUGCUGGCCAUCAGCACGGCCCUUAACACGCUGGCCAGUUACGGCUACAACACCAACUCCCUCGGCCUGGGCCUCAACUCGGCCGCCGCCUCCGGGGUCCUGGCCGCAGUGGCCGCUGGUGCCAACCCCGCCGCCGCGGCCGCCGCCAACCUCCUGGCAUCCUACGCGGGUGAGGCCGGGGCCGGGCCUGCCGGAGGGGCUGCCCCACCUCCACCCCCGCCGCCCGGAGCCUUGGGGUCCUUCGCAUUGGCCGCGGCCGCCAAUGGCUACCUUGGGGCCGGGGCGGGCGGUGGGGCGGGCGGCGGGGGUGGCCCGCUGGUGGCCGCCGCAGCGGCCGCGGGGGCGGCUGGUGGCUUCCUGACGGCGGAGAAGUUGGCAGCCGAGAGUGCCAAGGAGCUGGUGGAGAUUGCGGUGCCUGAGAACCUGGUGGGAGCCAUCCUGGGCAAGGGGGGCAAGACGUUGGUGGAGUACCAGGAGCUGACAGGCGCCCGAAUCCAGAUCUCUAAGAAGGGCGAGUUCCUGCCAGGCACGCGGAACCGGCGGGUCACCAUCACCGGCAGCCCCGCGGCCACGCAAGCCGCUCAAUACCUCAUCAGCCAGCGGGUCACCUACGAGCAGGGAGUGAGGGCCUCAAACCCCCAGAAAGUGGGAUGAGGCCUGUGGUGUGUGCUCCCACCCCUCUCCUCCUCCUCCUCUCCCUCCUCCUCCUCCUCCUCCUCUCCCUCCUCCUCCUCCUCCUCCUCCUCUUUCUCCUUCUCCUCCCCAACUCUUGACCUCAGCUCGGCGUGGUCCUGCUCCUCCUGGGAUUGGGGCUGGGGCUGGUCUGACUGCACCCCCCUCCCUUCUGGUAGUUCAUAGGCAGGAUUGAGAGAUGGCUGGGGAUGGAGCCCACAGCUCCCUCCCUGGCCCUGAACUGACCCCUCCUUCCUUCUUUCCUUCCUCCCUUCCUACGCUUGGCUGGGCCUGACUCCCCUCCCCCAGGGCCCAGGUCUGUGUGAUAUCUGUAUAUAUUGCAUUUUGUUGAUUUUAAUAGAAAACAAAGCGUUAUUUUCUCUUUC